AUGACAGCCCGGAUCAGAGUCUGGUAUGCAAAAAGCCUUUCCUAUGCUGCUCGUCUCCAGCUUGUGAACUCUAUACUGAUGAGUAUAACUAACUACUGGUGUCAAGCCGUUAUCCUUCCCAAAAAGGUCAUCCGACAGAUGAAUGCAAUCUGCAGAUCCUUCCUAUGGUCUGGUUCCACAGAGUCAAGAACCCUGGGAAUAUCAGCUAGGAAAAAGUGUGCGCUCAAAAUUCGUGAUCUGGAGUCCCGGAAUGUAGCUACUGUGGGUAAAGUCGCUUGGCACAUCAGCAUCCUCCAUGAGUCCCUCUGGGUAAAAUGGAUCCACGAAGUAUACACGAAAGACAAGAUGACAGCCCGGAUCAGAGUCUGGUAUGCAAAAAACCUUUCCUAUGCUGCUCGUCUCCAGCUUGUGAACUCUAUACUGAUGAGUAUAACUAACUACUGGUGUCAAGCCGUUAUCCUUCCCAAAAAGGUCAUCCGACAGAUGAAUGCAAUCUGCAGAUCCUUCCUAUGGUCUGGUUCCACAGAGUCAAGAACCCUGGGAAUAUCAGCUAGGAAAAAGUGUGCGCUCAAAAUUCGUGAUCUGGAGUCCCGGAAUGUAGCUACUGUGGGUAAAGUCGCUUGGCACAUCAGCAUCCUCCAUGAGUCCCUCUGGGUAAAAUGGAUCCACGAAAUGAACACACUUGCAUACUCUAUCACAAAAGUCUACAAUGACAUUAGAGGAGGAGGUAAUAGAGUCAGAUGGAACCAUUUUGUUUGGAGUAUGUUAACCAUACCUAGAAGCAGAUUCAUAGCCUGGUUAGCUUUCAAUAACCGACUGAAAAUAAAACAUCGCCUAAAGCGUACUAGAACUAUCGAUUAUGACACAUGCCCGAUCUGCGAAUUAGAGAGUGAAACAGUGAACCAUAUCUUCUUCCAAUGCCGCUUUAGCCAGGAAUGUGUAGCUUAUCUAAAGGAGCGUUAUGAGACCAACAACAAAAUAGAGACUUUGGAGGAUACACUCAAGAGGAACCAAAUGGGGCGCCACAAAAGAAAACAGUUUGAGGCCAUUCUUUGCAACCUCAUCUAUGCAAUAUGGAGCGCAAGAAAUGAAGCCGCGUGGAGCCAUAAAGUACCAAUGGUGAAACUGGUGGUGGACAACGUGAUAGACAUCUCGGAGAUCAAAUUCAAGAUUCGUCUUCAGCUUUUAAGUCUGGAGCUCCAUGAUAGAUGUUGUUUUGGGCCUGACCACUAUAUCUUAGGUUAA